AUGGCGGCCGCACAGCUCGCCAUCGCCAAAGCCUCCCUCUUUGCGUCCCUCCUCAAGGCAGACGCCGACGCCGACCUUGCGUCGUGUUCUCGCGACGAGAUCGAGCAGUUCCAUGGUCUGCUCAACGCGGCCGUCGUCAAGUGCUCACCAACCAACGUUCAGAAAUGCAAGCAAUGGAUCCUCCAGCAUCUGGUCCCCUCUCCUGCUCGUGCGGCCGCAUUUGGGAAAUACCUGGUCGCCCUCGCCUCUUCUUUCCCCAGCGGCUCGCAGAAGGCGCCUGGCCCAUCCUCGAAGCGAAGGAGGCUGCAUGUGCUCUACGUCCUGAACGAUGUACUGUUCCACGUCAAGUUUCGCACACGGAAUCAUACCUUCUUCGACAAUAUUGCACCGCACCUCUCUGCCUUGUUCAAGGGCGCCGCCUCUUUCGCGAACGCACCAAAGCACUUGAAGAAGUUGCAUGAUAUACUCCAAUUAUGGGAGAAGAAAUCCUAUUUCCCGGCAUCUGUGCUUGACUCUUUGCGCGCCGCCGUCGAAGAAGGGCCAAAAUCUCAAGGGUCGGAAGCGAAUGGUGGGCCUGUGGCAAACAAGGCGCAUGCAGCCUCGACAGCACGAGAAGCACCUUUUAUACUGCCGUCCAUGCACGGCGACCCAUCUACGCCAUGGUACGACCUUCCCGCUGCCAAUUGGCUCCCCGUAAUAGAGCCGAACUCCACGAGACCUAUGAAUCCGACCAUGAUCAAGCCGCUCCAACUUGCAGGUGGGCCGGCCGACAAGAACCUCGCCGACGCAGUGAAAAAGCUGCUGGGCGACGUUGAUAAGAUUUAUGCGAAGGAUGCGCUUCUGGAUGGCGACUCAGCGGUCGAUGUCAGUCAGAUGGGUGAAUUUAUCGAGCGAGACGAGCUGGGGGAUAUUGUCGGCGGUGAGACAUACUACGGCGAGGCUCCUCGCGCCCUGCCACUAAACGACCCGCGCAAGGAGAGGAAGCUACAGCCCACGGCGGCCACGAAGCUAUUCUCGCUCUAUGUCUCGGUCGCGGUCUCCACGGCGUGGCCAGAAUGGCAGAGACGGACCCAGGUCACGGUCGCGCGGUUCAUACUCACCACAACCAGUGCUGUCAACAACCCAAAACACGCAAGCGCAGCAGCAACAGCAGCAGCAGCAGCAGCAGCAGCAGCCGCCGCCGCCGCCCGCCUCGUACCCACCUCCGAACUUUCCCAUGGGCGCACCACCACAGCCCAGUAG